UUCCGGACCUUUGAGCCGCUGAGACGUGCUGGGCUACCAGGCGGCGAGAUGGAGUCGAGGAGCGGCGACGUGAAGGCUGCGGGCGGCCCGCGGGUGCUGGUGGUGGGGGGCGGCAUUGCGGGGCUGGCCGCAGCGCAGAGGCUCUGUGGACGCCUGGCCUUCCCGCACCUGCGGGUCCUAGAAGCCACUGCCCUUGCCGGGGGCCGCAUCCGCUCGGAUAGCAGCUUCGGUGUCGUGGUUGAGUUAGGUGCACACUGGAUCCAUGGCCCUUCCCCGGACAACCCAGUGUUCCGGCUGGCUGCCGAGUAUGGGCUGUUGGGGGAGAAGGCGCUGUCGGAGGAGAACCAGCAGGUGGACACUGGGGGUCACCUGGACCUACCCUCUGUGUGCUACACCAGCUCCGGGACCAAUGUGAGCCCUCAGCUGGUGGCGGAGAUGGCGAGUCUGUACUACAAUCUCAUAGACCAGACGCGAGAGUUCGUGCAGGCAGCCAAGCCCCCGGUGCCCAGCGUCGGGGAGUACCUCAAGGAGGAGAUACGCCAACACAUGGCCGACUGGACAGAGGACACGGACACCAGGAGGCUCAAACUGGCUGUCCUGAAAACCUUCUUCAACCUGGAAUGCUGCGUUAGUGGCACUCACAGCAUGGACCUGGUUGCCUUGAAGCCCUUUGGGGAGUACAACGUGCUGCCAGGGCUGGACUGCACCUUUCCUGGGGGCUACCAAGGGCUCACAAACUGCAUGGCAGCCUCCUUGCCAGAGGAUGUGGUGGUUUUCAACAAGCCUGUGAAGACUAUUCACUGGGAUGGGGCCUUCCAGGAUGCAGCGUUUCCUGGGGAAACCUUCCCUGUGCUGGUGGAGUGUGAGGAUGGAGACUCUUUCCCAGUGCAUCAUGUUAUUGUCACCGUGCCCUUAGGUUUCCUUAAGGAGCAUCUGGACACCUUCUUUGACCCACCCCUGCCCACCGAGAAGUCAGAAGCGAUCAGGAAACUAGGCUUUGGGACCAACAAUAAAAUCUUUCUGGAGUUUGAGGAGCCCUUCUGGGAGCCAGGCUGUGAGAUGAUCCAGGUGGUGUGGGAGGACACAUCACCCCUGGAGGAAAUUGCCCCCCCACUGAAGAAUGCCUGGUUCAAGAAGCUCAUUGGCUUUCUGGUCCUGCCUUCCUCUGAGUCUGUCCAUGUUCUCUGUGCGUUCAUUGCUGGGCUGGAGUCGGAGUUUAUGGAGACUCUGUCAGAUGAAGAAGUGCUUCUUUCUCUAACCCAGGUGCUCCAGAAAGCGACAGGAAACCCGAGGCUCCCUGCACCCAAGAGCAUGCUGAGGUCUCGCUGGCACAGUGCUCCAUACACCAGGGGCUCUUACAGCUAUGUGGCUGUGGGCAGCACUGGGGAUGACCUGGACUUGCUGGCUCAGCCCCUGCCUGCGGAUAGUACCCACACCCAGCUGCAGAUUCUGUUUGCUGGGGAAGCCACACAUCGGUCAUUUUACUCCACAACCCACGGGGCUCUGCUGUCUGGCUGGAGGGAGGCUGACCGCCUCACGGGUCUGUGGGACCAGCACAUGGGCCAGCCCAGGCCCAGGCUCUAGCCCAGGAAGCCAGGGCCCUCCCUUCCUCUGACAGUUAUCAGUCUGGGUUGAGAUUUGGGAUUAAUGACAGUCCUUCGCUUUGUGAAGUGGGUCACCUGUUCAUUUCCUGCGCCUGUCACUGGUCUGACCUAGAGCGAGAUGGGGAUGCUGCUGCUAAGGGUCACACCUCACUCAUAAAGUGGGUAGGAGUUGCC